GAAGAAUCGUAGGUUCAAGACAACGAUAGUUAUUUCAGUGAUGGAAAUAAAAAAUUUUUGGAGAAGAUUAGUACCUAUAGUUUUUCAGAGGAAACGCCCAAAUAACAUAUGAAAUGACAAAAUAGAUGGUAGUUGCCUGCAUUCAAAAGAGUGAAUGCAUUAAAACUUCUUGGACUCGAGGAGAAAACAUACUAUCCAAAAAUGAGAUACAAGCUAUCCCUACGACGGAAUCUCCAGAACUCACAACCGUCAUGGACGGUAAAAAAAUCCAGGAAGCUGUAGAACAUGCGGCAGAAAGCGAGGCUAUCAUCAUAGAAAAUGCGAACUUCUUAACUUCCCAGUCAGAAUCAACGUGGAACAAAUCGAGAAUCGACCUGAAUGUGAAAAAGAUCCCGAUAAUAUUCAUCCAAAAACUCCAUCCGCAAGAAUUGCUACGGCCGGUGCAACAGAAAUGGAAGGAAAUCAACGAUCUACUGUCGUAUCCAUUCCAUCCAAAUUACGGAGGACUGAUACUGCUGCAUCCUCAACACAUCUGGAACAAGCUGAAGGAAAAGGGAAAUUUUUUUCUUGGAGGAGCGCAUAAUUCUAUAUUCGGUACUGCGCAUUCCCCUCCUGAAUACCCUUUUCCAUACAGGCGAGCAGAAAAAAAUCUAUUAAUUCCAUAAAGCUUAUUGGUCAUAGAUAGCUUUCUAACCAUAGCAUCAAAGAUUAUAAAGUUAAGGUAGUUACCCCCAUAGACAUAGAGUCUCCAUGUCUAUGGUUGAAACCACAGAACACUAACAUGGAUGGAGAUAUAUCUGUUACUAUAAAAUCUUAUAAUAAUAAAACUAAAUCAUCAAGCUCCCCCUA